GACCGGCGGGCGCAGGCAGCCAUGGGUGCCGGGCGCCGUCCGCGGUGGGCGCCGCUGGCGCUGGGUGCGCUGCUGGCCCUGGGGCUGCUCGGCCUCGGGGCGGCGGGCCGCCGAGUCCGCGACCCCGGCUUCCGCGAGGGCUACUUGGAGCAGCCGCUGGACCACUUCAACUUCGAGAGCUUUGGCAACGGGACCUUCCGCCAGCGCUUCCUGCUCUCAGACCGGUUCUGGGAGCGCGGCCGCGGGCCCAUCUUCCUAUACACGGGCAACGAGGGCGACGUGUGGGUCUUCGCCAACAACUCGGGCUUCAUCGUGGAGCUGGCGGUGCGGCAGAAAGCCCUGCUGGUCUUCGCGGAGCACCGGUACUACGGGAAGUCACUGCCGUUUGGGGCGCAGUCCACGCGGCCCGGGCACACGGAACUGCUGACUGUGGAGCAGGCGCUGGCCGACUUCGCCGUGCUCCUGCAGGCGCUGAGGAAGGAACUGGGGGUCCCGCACGUCCCCGCCAUCGCCUUCGGAGGGAGCUAUGGGGGCAUGCUGGCCGCCUACCUGAGGAUGAAGUACCCGCACCUGGUAGCUGGCGCACUGGCGGCCAGCGCCCCCGUCGUGUCCGUGGCAGGCCUCGGGGACCCCACCCAGUUCUUCCGCGAUGUCACAGCGGUGAGUGUGCUGGGGAGCCCCUGGAAGGAGAGGGCUGGCGGCCACUGCAACUCCGUGUCCCCGCAGGACUUCGCGGCCCAGGGCCCCGAGUGCGAGCAGGCCGUGCGGGAGGCGUUUGCAGAGAUUCAGUACUCUUUCCGGCGUCGAGCAUCCGGACGCAUCAGCCGGGACUUCCGCACCUGCCAGCCGCUCUCGGGGGCCAAGGACAUGAAGCAGCUGUUCGUGUUUGCUCGCAACGCCUUCACCAUGCUGGCCAUGAUGGACUACCCCUACCCCACCGACUUUAUGGGCCACCUGCCCGCUAACCCGGUCAAGGUGGGCUGCCAGCGGCUGCUCAGUGAGAACCAGCGCGUCGCCGGCCUCCGGGAGCUGGCAGGGCUGGUGUACAACUCCUCGGGCUCCGAGUCCUGCUACGACAUCUACAAGCUAUACCACAACUGUGCCGACCCCACCGGCUGUGGCACCGGCUCGGACGCCCGAGCCUGGGACUACCAGGCUUGCACCGAGAUCAACCUGACCUUCACCAGCAACAACAAGACGGACAUGUUCCCUUUGCUGCCCUUCACCGAGGCCCAGCGCCGGCAGUAUUGCCUCGACACGUGGGGCGUGUGGCCCCGGCGCGACUGGCUGAAGACCAACUUUGGGGGGGAUGACCUCAGAGCCGCCAGCAACAUCAUCUUCUCCAAUGGCGACCUGGACCCCUGGGCAGGAGGCGGGAUACGGAAGAACCUCAGUGCUUCCCUUGUGGCCAUCACCAUCCAUGGAGGGGCACACCACCUGGACCUUAGGGCAUCGCACCCAGAGGACCCCGCGUCCGUGGUGGCGGCCCGCAAGCUGGAGGCCUCGCUCAUCCGGGAGUGGGUGCAGGCGGCUGCACUCGAGCGUCCUUGAGCCUGGGCUGCCGAGGCCCUGGAGCAGCGUCUGCACCGUGUGACCGGGGCUUGGGGGGUGGCACAACCCUCUCCGUCCUGGGGACCCAUGUGGUAGGGGUCAGGCACAGCUCAUGAUCUGGGCUGAGCCACAUACCCAAUAAAGAGGACUCUACCUCAA